AUGCAAGAAGUUCCAACUAACACCAUAAUCCUGACCGGAUUUGAGCCAGGUCAGUUGCAAGAUGACGAGCUGAUUGUGUCACAUUUGAAAAACCUUGUGAAAAAGGUAACCCCACCUUUCGAAACAAUCAAGAUCAUAAAAUUGCCAAAAUUUCAAAGGGUCUUUUUAAUAUUUGAAGAAAUCAGCUCUUCGAUCGCAGCAUACGACUAUUUAACCUCUGAGUUGAAUUCCUUGACAGUGGGAUACAGUAUAAGAAGCAAUUUUAUUUCAACUCAGGAAUUUUUGCAACUUCCUGACCAAGGAACCCGAUUUGUCAUAUCUCCACCUUCUUCGCCUCCUCCAGAGUGGGAUCACUACGAUAAAGUAGAGGGUGGUCCAGAUAUGAGGGAAAUUCAUUCGCCAGACGAAUUGAGAGGCCUUUUGUUUAAGAAGUUAGGUGAUAGAAUUACACAUUACGAUGGAGAAGAGUUCGAAACGAAUGACGGUGUUAGCAAAAGAAAGAAGUUUGAGGCAUCUCAAGAAUGGCUUAUUGAACAGAUGAAUCAGGAAAUAACAGAACAGCAUAAAAAUCUCCCAUUUAUUAUUGUCGACAAAGCUGACGAUAAUACCAACAUAGAGGAAGAAUGCUCGCUUGCUGGAGUCAAGACAAGACUCCCCGGUACCUGA